GAAAACUCGUUUCAACUUUAUUUUUUCAGUAAAUGAAAAUUCAGAAUUUUUCUUUCAUCUUUCCAGAUCCUUUCAAACUGAAAGUGUUUCCUGUAGUGUUGCAGCUCAUUUUAAAGAUAAAAAUAGACAUAAUAUAUACAAGUAGACAGUCUGAGACAGAGUAGAAGACAGCCUGAGACAGCAGCAGUCUAAUUGUUCUCUACCUGCAGAGUGCAGGUCUAUACUGAUUUUGUUAAUUAUGUUUUUCAAAGUAAGAGAACGACUGGAACUCUGUAAAAGUUGCUCUAACCUGUUGUUCAGUUGUGGAAACUUUCACUUUCAGUUGAACUUUGGAUCAUUGAAUUAUUUUUGGAUCAAAUUGUGCUUCAUCCUGCUUCACUCAUCAUGUUGAUCAGUCUCAUGAGAUAUCAGAGCACAGAUAAUCAGUGUGAGCUGUGCUGUGUGGACAGAGGCUACAGAAUGAGUCAAGAUCUCAGCCGUUUUACCAGCUACCAGGAAACAAGCUGAAGUUGGAAUAAUGUCAACUCUGAUCAGAGCAGUGAGCUGUGAAAUCUGAGUCCAGUCCAACUCCAGGUUCAAUCAUCCUGUGUCAACCAGGUUAACCUUAAUCUGUCAGCCACAGUAACCAGGUUACCUGCUGGUUAGUGCAGUUUUUAUCUGAUGUCUUUUUGUCUCCAGGUCUUCUCGUCCUGUUUGGGAUGUUACUCACCUCGUCCCAAAUCUCAGUCAUGGUGUCUUCAUCUGCUGAAAACUACCAACCUGCCAUUUAAAAUGACUUCUACAAGAAAACCUGUGACAGCUGCAUCUCUGUUGAUACUUAUGAUCAAAGUCUUCAGUGGAAAUACCCUGACAUGUCAUCCAGCAGAGUAUCAGAUACAGAAUGAAUGCUGUCCUAUGUGUCCUCCUGGAAGUCGUGUUAAAACAGAUUGUACAGAGUUCAGAAGUACUUCCUGUUUGCCCUGCAUGGAUGGAUCCUUCAUGAAUAAACCUACUGGACAUAAACACUGUUUUCCCUGCGCAAUCUGUGAUGCAGGUUCUGGUCUGAAGAUAAAGACUUCAUGCACAGCAACUUCAGAUACACUUUGUGAACCACUGGAAGGAUUCUACUGUAUAGACUUCACAGAGAACCACUGUGUGGCAGCACAGAAACACAGCAGCUGUCAACCAGGACAAUACAUCAGGGAGAAAGGAACAGCCCUCAGAGACACUGUGUGCUCUGACUGCAGUGGGGGAACAUUUUCAGAUGGGACAUUUCCAUCUUGUCAGCCACACACACAAUGUCAAUCAGAAAACCUUCAGCUGAUAAGAGCAGGAACUGCUUCAACUGAUGCUGAAUGUGGACCACACAGUUCACAUGGGGCAGUGAUUGGGGCCAGUGUUGGAGUUGUGUUUAUUUUAUUAAUUUGUAUAAUUUCCUUUGUAGCCUGGAAGAAGAAACCACGUCUAAGAGGAAACAAAGGAAAUGGAAGCAGACAGACAGAGGAGAAACACAGCUGGAGCAGAAAAACCACUGACAGUUGAAGAGUGAACAGCAGCAGCAGCAGGAGACGACCUGGACAUCAGCAGAUAAACACUGUCUGUUCACUGCAGAGUUAAUGUGCUGUAGAAUCCAGUUAGAAUCCCGUUGGGUGCUGGAUCAUUGUCUUUGCAGGGACCAGAAAUAAAACAGCUGCUGUGAGACAAAGUGAAGUCGUCCUCUACAGAACUGCUGUUCUACUCUCUGGACCUUCACUGAUCUUCUCUGGUGGACAGAGACAGCUCUCAACCUGGACUUUAUCUGUCAGGACAUACAGCUGGAGCUGAGGACAGUGUGUCCUUUACUCCAUCAGUCUCCUUCUUGGUCUAAUAGCCCUUACAUAGCCUGGAGGUGUGUUUGGGGUAAUUGUCCUGUUGAAAAACAAAUGAUGGUCCAACUAAGUGCAAACCAGAUGGGAUGGCAUGUUGCUGCAGAAUGCUGUGGCAGCCAUCAUCAAGUCAUCAUCAUUUUAAACCACUUAUCCAGGGCCUGGUCGCGGGGGCAGCAGUCUAAGCAGGGAUGUCCAGACUUUCCUCUCCCUGGACACUUCCUCUAGCUCUUCCGGGGGAAUCCUGAGGCAUUCCCAGGCCAGCCGAGAGACAUGGUCCCUCCAGCGUGUCCUCGAUCUUCCCCGGGGCCUCCCUCCUUUUUUAAACAGCACCCCUCCUUGAACUGCCACCUUAUCGUGGUGGAGGGGUUUGAGUACCCGAAUGAUCCUAGGAGCUAUGUUGUCGGGGCUAAAUGCCCUGGUAGGGUCUUCCAAGGCAAACAGGUCCUUGGGGACGGGCCAGACUAAGAGCGGUUCAGAAGCCUCCUAUAAUUACAAAUGGAACAACUGUUACGUCGCCCGGUAUGGCGCAGCCAGGGCCCCACCCUGGAGCCAGGCCUGGGGUUGGGGGCAGAGCCCAAAGGAGCAACGUGGGGGGAGGAGGCUGGAGGAGGCGUAGGGGGUCGGUGCAUUGUGAACUUGCAAUAGACUUGAAUGUACUGAAGCAUGCACUUACAUGAAAACUGACUGCAUGUGAAAUAUUAUUGUGCUAUAUGUUGAUAUUGAUCUCUGUAGAACACAUAUCUAAUAUAUAUAUAUUAGAAUAUGAAUUUUUUUCACUGUGUAGUUAUCAAUACUCAUCUCUUUCCUUGUCUGUUAUAAAACAAUAUACUGUA